AUGGCCGAACAUGACGACGAACUCAUUGCCUCCAAGACUGAAGGCUUCAAGGUCGGAGAGAAGAAGACAAUUGCUGAAUACAAUGAGCUCGACAAAAAUGACGAAUCCCUCAACCGUUGGAAGGCCUCCCUCGGCCUAAACACCGGCGAGCCCACCGGAGACCCCAACGACCCCCGAACAUGUAUCAUCAAAACCCUAGCGCUUGAAGUUCAAGGCCGUCCGGAUGUUGUUAUCGAUGUCUCUGCCCCGGGCGCGCUCGAGAAGCUGAAGGACAAGCCCUUCACUAUCAAGGAGGGCGCCCACUUCCGCAUUAAGGUGACCUUUGAGGUCCACCACGAUGUUCUGAGCGGCCUCAAGUACCUCCAGGUUGUCAAGCGCAAGGGUAUCCGGGUUAGCAAGGAUCAGGAGAUGCUUGGAAGUUAUGCGCCAUGCACUACAGGAAAGCCAAUUUACGAGAAGAAGUUCCAAGAAGAGGAGGCCCCCUCGGGGAUGAUGGCUCGCGGCCACUACAACGCGGAAUCGAAGUUUAUCGACGACGAUGACAAAGUGCAUCUCCACUUCCACUGGUCCUUCGACAUUGCGAAGGACUGGUAAAUCUUGACGGGAUUUUUCUUGGCGAUAGUACAUACAUAUAACGAACAGCAUAUAUUUUCCCUACCUAUGAGCGUUAAAGUGUUAGUUCAGUUGUUUGGAAGACGUGUUUGGCACCUCUAGAUGGAAUCAGCAUGGUGUCCGAUUGGAUGGGCCCAGCAUCUUGACAGUUUUAAAUACAUGCGUCCCUUCGGUCUUCGUACAGACAA